AUGUGGCUUAGCGAGGAGUGGAUUCAGCAGCACAACUUAUGCCGGGAGCGCCGCUUGUUGAUGCAAGGUGCGCCACACCAUCAAGGCAGCCGAGGCCUUCCCGAGUACAGGGAUGUUUGGUCGGAGUCACAUGAAGACCAGGAAUGCAACGACUUCCAGGCAUACUGUAUGGCGCACAAGGGCAGGGCGACGUCCGACGUCUCCUACAACCCGGCGGAUCCACCUGAGGCGUACAGCAACCCGAGCGUCCACACGCGCAUCACUGAGUACACAGAGAUGGGAAAGGCGCUCCAUGGGGACACAUGGGAUCCGGCCACCCAGCCCCUUUCUGGAGAAGCCAUCAUGAGGGCAGGAGGAGGGAAGAAGCACGGCCGUUACUGGAUCGCCAACAGCCUUGUCGACACAGCCAGUACGCCAACUCUCUCCCAGCUUCAGGCAAGGACCACCGACUCGACCCCGCCAAUACGCCCACGGCCUGAGACUUCAGUGGCCAGCGUGCGUGCAAUCCAGGCCCGGAUGGACGAAGAGACGAAGAGGCGGGAGGAGAUCGAGGCGAGGCUGGAGGAGGAGCGGACGCUAAGGCAGGAGCAAGAGCACAGGUGGCAGGAAGAGCGGAUGCAGGAGCGGCAGAGGAUGGAGUAGGCGCUUCUUGCUGAG